AUGACGCGAGAGAUGAAGCGGACCGGACCGAGCAGCGUGGUGUGUGUGUGUGUGUUGCUGACUAGACGAGUUUCUGCAGCUGAGUUAACCUGUGAAACUUUAAUCCUGCUGUCCACCAACCUGACAGCGAGGACGUUGACAUUACUAAACCAGACGUUCACCAUCAGUAACAGCUCAGGUCUGUACUGUGACCUGUCUGUGGACGGUAUAGGAACCUGUUGGCCUCGCAGUGCAGCUGGAGAGCUGAUUUCCAGACCCUGUCCUGAGCAGUUCAACGGCAUCCACUACAAUACCACCAACCAGGUGUACAGAGAGUGUCAGUCGAACGGCAGCUGGGCUCCUCGAGGAAACUACAGUCAGUGCACCGAGAUCAUCGUCCUGAGGAAGACUAAGGUUCAUUAUCAGGUAGCUGUGAUCAUUAACUACUUGGGUCACUGCAUCUCUCUGGGAGCUCUGCUGCUCGCCUUCACACUCUUCAUGAGACUCAGGAGUAUUCGCUGUCUGAGGAACAUCAUCCACUGGAAUCUGAUCUCGGCGUUCAUCCUGAGGAACGCCACCUGGUUCAUCGUCCAGCUGACCAUGAACCCUGCUGUUACCGAGAGCAACCAGGUGUGGUGCAGGUUGGUGACAGCAGGUUAUAAUUAUUUCCAUGUGACGAACUUCUUCUGGAUGUUUGGAGAAGGUUGUUACCUGCACACGGCCGUCGUUCUCACCUACUCCACCGACAAACUCAGGAAGUGGAUGUUCAUCUGCAUUGGCUGGGGUAUCCCGUUUCCCAUCAUCGUGGCGUGGGCUUUUGGGAAACUUUACUAUGAUAAUGAAAAGUGCUGGUUCGGAAAGAGGGCGGGAGUUUAUACAGACUACAUCUACCAGGGUCCCAUGAUCCUGGUCCUGCUUAUGAACUUUGUCUUCCUGUUCAACAUCGUUCGGAUCCUGAUGACCAAACUGAGAGCAUCGACGACUUCUGAGACAAUCCAAUACAGGAAGGCGGUGAAGGCCACUCUGGUGCUGCUGCCUCUGUUGGGAAUCACCUACAUGCUGUUUUUUGUGAAUCCUGGUGGUGAAGAUGAAGUAGCUCAGAUCGUCUUCAUCUACUUUAACUCCAUACUGGAGUCCUUCCAGGGUUUCUUUGUGUCAGUGUUCUACUGUUUUCUCAACAGUGAGGUGCGUUCUGCAGUCAGGAAGCGCUGGAUUCGUUGGCAGGACCGUCACUCCAUCCGGAGUCGGGCGGUGCGCGUCACGUCACUGCCCACCUCACCGAGCCGCGUGUCCUUCCACAGCAUCAAACAGUCCUCCAACCUCUGACCUCUGACCUCUGACCUCUGGUGCAGACUGUCUCCACUGUAGCACCUGAACUCAGUUGCAUCUGUGAUGUGUUGCCUCUCAGCCAAUCAGAGGCUUUAUUCUGCAGCGGGACCUGAUUCAGACACAACCUGUCUGUCUGGACCCUGGUGGUCUCUCUGGCCCCGCCCCUUAUCAUGUUCUGACCAAUCAGCUGCUUCCACAGGCUCACAGAUAUGAUGUGACAUCAGGCAGCUGGACUGUGUUCAUGUUAGAUCAAUUUAUUUAAUUAUUGAUCAGUGAGCUGUUGAUGAACUAUAACUGUCUAUAUUGUAAUAUUGAUCACCAGCUUUAUCCUGUUUAUCUCACACACACACACACACACACACACACACACACACACACACACUGUAGAUAUUGAUUGAUGAAUUCAUUUUAACAGCUUCAACUUCAGCUGAACCCCUGAUAUAUAGAUUUAUAGUUGUAGAUUUAGAUAUAGAUAUUUAUAGAUAUGUUCUGGAGCUGUGUUGCUGCAGCUGGAGGCUCAGUUCAGACCAAAGAUUCACAACAAGACGAAACCGUUGUAGAACGUCGUGUCCCAUCACAGCUCGACUGAAGCCUGAUGGUGUUUUAGAACAUGAGACAUGUCACCUGUUUCAACAGCUAAUCAGCUUUUAGCAAAGUCAGCUGGUCAAGCCAGCAAACUGUCAACUGAUCUGAGUUUUGGAUAGAUGAAAAGAGAACCUCGUUUUUUUUCAUGUUUUUGCUGUUUCAUCAAUAUUAGAAAUGAAACUGUAGCAAGUAACUCACUAUCACUAUCCUCAUUCAUAUUUUAAGAUGCUACAAAUUUUACCCAACUACAAAAAAGCCUGAAAAGCCAUCAGUGAGAACAGAGGUACAGAGAGUCGUUGCUAUGGAGAUGAUUCACUGUCUUGUUGUUAUUGGUG